AUGGAGAAAACACACUAUGAACAAAACAUCACAAUUCAAUACUGCUUUCCUGACAACAACUUGUCUUGCAGAAAGGAGCUCCACACUCCAACCAACCUGCUCAUCCUCUCUCUGGCUGUGGCGGAUCUUCUCGUGGGACUGUUUGUUAUGCCUGUGAAUAUCAUGCAAUUAAUAGACUCCUGUUGGUAUCUUGGAAAAAUGGCAUGCACUGUGUCUUUAGUGGUCAGUUUUGUGUCAGCAUCAGGUUCUCUCUGUAGCCUGGUUCUUAUUGCAGUUGAUCGGCACAUUGCUGUCACUGACCCUCUGCUUUAUUCCAUGAAAAUCACAGUUUGUAAGACACUGUUGUUUAUAAUACUGGGUUGGUUCUUUGUUAUAUUGUAUAUUUUCAUCUAUAUGUACUCUAAUUAUCAUUUAUUUCCAUCUCAAAUAUUCACCACAUGCUAUGGAGAGUGUGUGAUCUAUGUUAAAUAUUCCUGGGUGAUUGUUGACAUUAUAGUUUUUUUUCUAACCCCUUGCUCUGUCAUAUUGGUCUUGUAUUCAAUCAUAUUUAAUGUGGCAAGACGUCAAGCUAGAGCUGUUAAAGCUGUGACAAAUGGUACCUCAAACAGACACGGAGCUCAAUCCUCCAAUGUUUCUGAAACCAAGGCAGCGAAGACAUUAGGCAUUAUAAUAUUUGUUUAUCUCGCUUGCUGGAUACCUUAUUAUUUAGGUUCUCUAACAGAUAAAAACUUGUCAUCUUCAUCAAUGGUGUGGACUGUGUUUAUCUGGUUAAUAUACACAAACUCUUUUGUGAAUCCAUUAAUAUAUGCCAUUUUCUAUCCAUGGUUCAGAGCAUCAGCUGAGUAUAUCAUAACUUGUAAAAUAUUUGUGCACUCAUCUUCACGGGUUAAUUUGUUUCCAGAGCAUUUUUAA